GAUGAGUAAGAGAUACUUACAGAAAGCAACAAAAGGAAAACUGCUAAUAAUAAUAUUUAUUGUAACCUUGUGGGGGAAAGUUGUGUCCAGUGCAAACCAUCAUAAAGCUCACCAUGUUAAAACGGGCACUUGCGAGGUGGUGGCACUCCACAGAUGUUGUAAUAAGAACAAGAUAGAAGAACGGUCACAAACAGUCAAGUGCUCCUGCUUCCCUGGGCAGGUGGCAGGUACCACACGAGCUGCUCCCUCUUGUGUGGAUGCUUCAAUAGUGGAACAGAAAUGGUGGUGCCAUAUGCAACCAUGUCUUGAGGGAGAAGAAUGUAAAGUUCUUCCAGAUCGGAAAGGAUGGAGCUGUUCCUCCGGGAAUAAAGUGAAAACAACUAGGGUAACCCAUUAACAAAGGAUAAAUCAAGUGAUCCUCAAGGCUGAUUACACUGAACAUCAGCAUAGAAACAUAACUCAUGAGGUGAUCUUGAAGGAAAAUUUUUAUACAGCUCACAAGAGGCACUCUGGAGUCUGCUAUUUCCAGGGGAUUUCAUGGCUUGUAAUCAGCUUCUUCUUGGAAUCAAGACUUUUUAAAAGUCCGACAUGAACUUCUAUAUCAUGAAGAUUUCAUCAGAUUUGAACUGUGUUCAACUUGUAUAAUUGCACUUGCAAAAAGGAUUUGAAGUUACUGUCUGAAGAGUUGGCGUUGCCGGAUGGUGUCAGAGACACUUACCUUUUGGGCUCUUGGCUCCAAAUGUGACUGCUUUUCUUGUUUCUGAGUCUCCCAAGUGCACUGGCCUUCUGUCAUGGACCUGUUCCUGAGUCCUGUGUUCAGUGGCUAGGACUGCACAUGGCUUCAGUGACUUUUCCUUUGCGAACUUCUCCUCUGGCAUGGUGUAGACUGAGACAAUUUAUUUGUAUCCUAAUCUUGAAGCUCUGAAAGCCUACAUGUUUUAACAUCUUAAAGUUGCUUUUGUUAAAGGAAUGGAAAUAUAUAUCCAUUGAUAAUAAUUAUUGUUGGCAAGUAAAGUUAUCUGAAUACAUCAAUCAUAUAAGAAUGUAUAGACAAGCUGACAUGUUUCCCCAAGGCUAACACACUGCUGCAGCUCUCUGUCAGUAAAAUAGGUAGUAGUUAGAACUGAAUUACCAUUUUCAUUAUAUACUCCUGUUUGGU